UCUGCCAUUAACAUCAGCUGGCUCAGUACUGUCUUCAGCGAAGUCUUCUCUGUGUACAAAUUCUGUUAAUGUGACUUCAAACAAAUUAGAAAUGCCUGCAACAUCUACAUCAACUGCAACACCAGAUACUUCUUUGGAAGACUACACUAGACCUAAUUCUCAGAUUGUACGUUCUGCUUCGCCUGAAUAUGUCCAUAGGAAGGGCUCAACAGUCAGUGCAGAGCCUUCUCAACAAAGUGUCUUUGAAAUUGCACAGUCGUCUUUGUUUCGGGGAAAUGCUGCAAGGACAGCCGAACUGGCUAAUUCUGACUUUCCCUGUGUGAAACCAAGUGGAGCCCAAGCAUGCACAUCAGGAAGCAUGCCAAAGUUUUACAGACCAUUCCUGGAUGAGAGACAAGACAGUGGUGAAAUAAAAACACAACUUCCUGCUGUAACUUGUUAUAAUCUAGAACCUUCACCACCUUUUCCUCACUCAAGAGAUGCUGUAGAGACACAUGACAGUGACCCAAAUGGAAGAGCAAUUGUCAGAGCUAGUCUUUCUGAUAACAGUCUAGAUCUUUCAGACUCUUUUCUAGUAGAAAGUGGAGGCAACCUUGAUUCCAAUCCACUAGCUCCUGUCGCUGAUAAGUCAGUGCUUGGAAGUUGUGCAAACUCUGACGAUGAUGUAGGGAUGGAGAUCAACGUUAUUAACAGCACUGAAGAAACAACUAAACAUGAAACUUCUGGGAGUUCAGAACCUUGUAUUCAAAUGCAAGUCAUAGAAGUGAUAAAUGAAGCUAUGAAAAAUGUUCAAGUGCCAUCAGUCAGUGAUUAUAAGGCGAAUUUAAUGGAAAAGGAAAGAUCAACAGAAGAACAGAAUAGGUAUUCAUUGGAGCAGCAUAUUGUUGAUGCUUGUGUACCUGAAACUCCAUGUGUGGCUGUAUCUGUUAUUGGUGCUGAAACGUGUGAAUCCCAUUCAAAGAAAAAGGGUAGUCUUCAUAUAAAUAGCUUGUCAGAGUCGGUAACUGUUGAAGUAGAAAACUGUUCAGAAAACAGUGACUGUAUGACAAUAAGCAUUGUCCCAGAAGACAUUGCUUUGCGUAAAGAUCCAGAUGGUAGGUCUCCUGCAAAAGAAGUGCUGAGUCCAAAGAAACUAGUGAAUGCAGAUGGUAAAACCUGUGUAGAAGAGUUGGAUUUGCCUUCUGAAACUGCUAUGACCAUAGACAGAACUCGGGAAGUAAGCAUAUCAUUUGUGCCAGACUUAGAACUUCCACAUAGCGUUUGGCAUUCUGAGAUCAAAAAUGAGAUCUGCAAAGAUGAGCUGACUUCAAUUAUAAAGCAAAACAGCCUUGUGCCAAAUGAGGAAGCAAUAAAAGAAAGUAGUGAUAUUGUAGAAAGUGACAGUUGUUCCUUGGCUGACAGAGAAUUGGAAACUUUAAAUAAUAUCUUAGAUAUGGAAACUCAGAAGCCUGAAACUACUUUGGACGUUCAAGAAGGAGCUGAACCUAGCAAUGAUAAAAUCAUGACGAUAUCAAAUAGAGAAGUAGGAGAAAUACAUAGCGAUCAUGUUUUUGAGGACAAGUUGCAAAAUGCUUUAGAUCAGGACUACAUGCUUUCAGACACUGGAAUAAUUAACCUAGAACAUCAGAACUCGUCUGAUGCUCAUAAAAUUCUGACAAUGUGUGCAGCAAAAGAAAUGUCCAGUUCUGAGUGCGAUAUUGGUUCUGCUAAAUCCCAAGAAAAGGAGGAUGACCAUGUCAGCGGGGUUGCCUUAUUCCAGAGCAGUGUUACAGAACAAGUUGCCUCUAGAGCCAGUGGAACAAAGAUUGUCCAGGGUCUGGAUGUGCCUCAUUCAGAAGAGGAAGAAUCAUCAAUGGCUUCUCAUGUGGCAGUGGAUGGGCUUGUAACAAAGAUGCUGCAAAACAAUCCAGAUCCCACAGCACCAGAGAACCUGCCCUUGUGUGCAGAGAAUAUCUCAAACUAUCACGUACAUUCUCCUUCUAAACACCAUAUCCUAUCUAAAGAUACAUACUUGGAAGAUGUAACUUAUGAUUCUUCCUGUAAUUGUGUGCCAUCUUCCUCUGGAUCUUUUCACAGUGAGAGCUCGCCUCACCAACCAGCUCCAAAGGAAGAGGAAUCCUGUAAGUCAGGGGCAGUUGUCAAACCUUUGAGUGGAACAUUUUGCAGUUUGCAGGCCACAGAAGUCGAAAUGACUUCUCCUGAGUAUCCUGGCAGGUAUGAAGACUCUGGAGCUUUUACAUCUGCCAAGAGGUCCAUUAGGGAAACAGUGAGCCAGGAAACGAACAUCCAGCCAUUGUCCCAAAAUGAACCUGAAACUUCUGUGAAACAGAAUGCAUGCAAUAAGGCAAAUAUUUCUCAUGCUGCUGUGUGUAUAGAGUCUGAAGGCUUUCAGUCAGACCAUGUAUAUAUGACUACAUCGGUAUCUACAAAAGGUGUGCCACAGGAGGUUAGUGAUUUUGGUAUCCAUAAAAUACAUUUGGAAGUAAGUGCUUCUGAAGAGGGUGAAGAGCAAACCGAUAUGAAUGUAAAUGCCAUCUCUUUAACAAUGGAUAGUCAUGUUAGAUACAGAGACAAAGAUGAGAGUGAAUCAAAGAUGGAUUCCAUGGAUACAGAGAUGAGAAUAUCUUCAGUUACAGAUUGUAUUGAAAUAUCAUAUGCAGAAGUGGGAACUCAAACUAGGCUAAUAAAUGAGAGGGCAAUAAGCUUACUGGCUACAAAACCCGCAAUAAAUGGAAACAAAAAUAGUGUGGCAAACACUAGUAUCUGUGAGGAAGAAGUAAACAUGUCUGUGGACACGAAUUUGAGUCUUCAACAAUUUUCAGAGGCAUAUGAAAGAACUAUACUGGAUAACAAUGCAAGUAAAAAUUCCUGGAGAGAGUUCUCCAAACAGAUGGAGUUGGAUUCCGAAGCAGAGGAAAAGCUGCCUUCAGAAACACGGUUAGAAACCUUUGACGGAAAAACAGUAUUUGUAGCUUCAUGUUCUUCUCCAAAUAAAGUGACAUUUUUGGAAAACACAGAGAAAUUGGUAGAAGUGAUGAAUCCUGAGUCACCUAUUGAUGUAGGUGAAGAAUUUCUUGAUCGGUGUCUGCUACAGAAGAGUGACUGCACUUUGGAGAGAAAGAGGUCUCCAGGAAAAGAAGAGGACGGGUCAUAUAUCUCUGUGUUUUCUUCCAAUUCUCUUUCAACCACUAACACCGGGUGUAUUAAAACAGUUGGAAUCCUUGUCAGCCAUACUUCGGAUUCCACUCUUAAUGAUAACAAUAAGAUGCGUGAUACUGAUUGCCAGGAACUGAAAACUGCUUGCUCAGUAGUGGAUGAUACAGUAUCAGGGGAGAAGCAGCUUGAUCAGUCAGCUAGUAUUGAGAAUACAUUUUAUAAAAAGACAGAUGAAGAUAGUGUUGAAAGCAAAGAGAUAAUGAAAAUACCUGGAGAGAGACAUGACUCAGGAACAGCCAUUAAUGAUAGCAUAUUUGAACAACAGAAAAAUAUAGAAAACAAAGGUAUAGAUAAAGAGAUGGAGAUUAUGGCAAAUUUGUGUGUUGGACAAACAAAUCUUAAUCACAGUAGCGUUACAGAAGCACCUACAAACAGGCUGGAAGGGAAUACAGUGUAUUACUCUUCAGCAUUAGAGGGAGGAACAGCAGAUGAUCUUUCUCCAUUAUGUUUAUCCAAACAGACUUCUCUAGUAGUGGAAAGAAGCUCGGACUUUAAUGAUUAUUCCUGUUCGCAAAGACAGUCUCCUUACUAUGUGAAUAAAAGGGACAUGGGAAACAAUCCAGAACCUGCAAAUGAUUACAUCUUGCCCCAGCAGGUCACCAGGAAUGAAGAAGAUAUGAAGUUGAAUAAUGAAAAUAGAGUUGAGGCAGUAAACCAUAAAUGGAGUGUAAAAUCAGUUACACUGGAAAAAGAUAAAGUGAAAUUUAAGCACACUGAUGCACAUUUUAGUGAGCUUGAUUUGGGAACAUUGAAUAAUUACCAAGAGGAUAAUGAGAACUCUUCUGUUAGCUCUGCCCAUUUGGAAUUACGACAGCCAACUAGUGCAUUUCAUGACCAGCAGGAGACAGAUUCCCAUGCCGGGGAGUCCCAGCAUUUGGAAAGUAACAUAGACUUGAAAUCUGAAGAGGAUCCUGUGAAACAGUCACUUUAUCCAGAAGACUUCGUCAUAGACAGUGAUUUGAAGAAGCUAUGUGAACAAAAUAUGACUACUGAAAUCUUGACACCAACUGGUUUGGAAAGGAGUAAUCAAAAAAGUAUAUGCCAAGAGGAAGGUGGAAUCAAACUGCAAACUUCUGAAAUGGACACACAACCAUGCAGUGUAGACAGAAAUGAUCUUGCGGUUGGGAUGCAGGCUGUUGCAUCUGGAAGGCCUGAAUCUGCCAAAGAAAAUAUAGCUGAAAACCUCCUAAAGGAAAUUGAAACUGACCCUACAGAGGGGUCUGAGUUAUUCAGUGCAGAGGAGCUUAAUUUAUAUAUCUCAGAUUCUGAAGUUGAAAAGGAAAAGGAAGAAGAAAAUAGCAAGAGAACGAAAAAUGCAAAUGAAAUGCAGUAUGAUAGAAGCAAAAUCCUGAAGGAAAAGGACACUGUCAUCUCUGAUCCAAACAGUGUUUCUGGCAGCAUUAUUCUGCAAGCUGACCUGGACUGCAAACCAAAUGAAGAUCAGCUUGGCAGAGUGAUUGAAACAGAUGAUAUCAAAUCAAUGAUAGGUACAGAAAAGUCAACAGAUAUGAGUUUGGAGGAAAAAAGCUGUUCUCUUUGCAAUGCAGAAUAUGAUCUAAGUGAAGUUAGAAUUGCUGGACCUGAAAAUUGUAGCACCGGCAUGGUAGUUGGUGAAUUCAGUCGCUUAGUAAAAAGCCCAACACUGAGAGAAGAAAAAACAGAGAACCAAACAACUGCAGAACAUGAGCUUGGGCCCUUACGUUGUCCUUAUAAUUCUAUAGAAUUUCCCUGUGUACCAGGAAGCCAGAGAGAGAUGGAAGCAGUGAAAGGCAAUGCAGAGGUUGGUUUGAAUAAGGGAGAUGCAGGUUGUUCAGAUGAACAUGUAGGAAAUGCUGAUUCUAAUUCUAUCCAAGCUGGAAAAAAUCUAGAGGAGAAUCCAGAGCCUGAGAAUAGCUUACUUGAUGGUUGCAUUCAAGAACUAGAUGUGGGGACACUAGCUGCACCUCUUGGAGCCCUAAAAACUGUUAAAGACUCUCCAGUAAAUGAAAUGCUGACCAGCCUUUGUGCAGAAAAAGACAAACUUAAUCAGAAAACAGAAACAAAUGAACUGGUAUAUAUGCAGCAAGAAAGCAAAGACUCUGAACCCCUGAAAUCCCAAGCAAAGAUAUGCCAGCCCACAGGACGUGCAGACUUUUCUGAAGGCAGAAAUGAAGGUUUAACUGUUUCAGAGUCUAACUUUACGAACAGAGUGGAAUCUCAUAAAGAGGAGAAUAAAGAUUCUCAGAAUAAAGAGGCAAACAAAAAUAAUUCUUUCAGAACACUAAAAAGACACAUUAGUAGAACCGAAUAUUCUGGAACUUCAGUUUCUGAAGAUGAGCAGUGCGCCCAAAAGAGAAACUGCCCUUUGGGGUCUCUUUCCAUGCAGGAGUCUGUAUCUGACCUGCCCAGUCCUAAUGUAACCUUGUUUUCCAUUCCCACUGAUUUGAAGGAGUGUCAUGAUCGGUUUGUUAGCAGUAGUGUUAGGCGGUUCUUUAAAAAAUACCCCAUUCUUCAAACCGCUCAGCAUCUUGAUGAAGUGGAGAAGGAAAGUAGUAAAAAUAUUGCCCAACUGGUGAGAGAAUUUUUUAAAAAAACAAAUGACUCUGAGAACCUGGUAAAUGAAAACAUAAAACCUGAAAGGUUUGUGCCACCCAUUGAAAGUAAAGUAGAAGACGACACUGACUGUAAAUCUAUAGGUGAAGUAGACAGUGAUGAUAGUACAAGGAGAGAUGGAAGCAGUUUACUUCUAUUUUCAAGUAUUGAACCUCAAGUAAAUGGAAAACAAUCAGUUAAAUUAAUAUCUGAGUCCCAGAGUCUCCCCCUUGACAGUCAGUUUGGGUUUACUGAACUUGCUGCUAGUUCAGCAGAUUCAUGGACUGAUGUACUAGAAAAAGAUGUGGUAAGUAAAAUUCCAGAAAGCCCAAGUGCAGAUUCCCUGUCUGAAGAGGAACAGUUUCAGUCUAGGGUGUGUUUAGCAUUAGAUAAUCAAUAUUCUUCUGAUAAAUCUCCCCUGAAGUCUCCUGAUGUAGAUUCUGAACAGAGCACCAAAAUCAAAGAUUUGGACUUCAUAUUCUCUGACACAUCGAAUAGCUCUGUUGAAGGUGAGCAUCAUCCGCUUACCCAAAAACUAAGUAGCAGUAGUUCUAGUGGAACAGGUGACGGGCUUCAUGAAGGUAUUUGCAGUGACAGUUGCAAAGCAGCUGGUCUCGACACGCAGUCAGGUUUUUCACGUAACUCCUUAGAAGCCUCAGCUGUGUAUUGGAGCGAUGAUGACACAAAUAUAACUUCAAACCUUAUUGCGACAUCUGGAGAAAGCAGCCAGUGUGUUAUAAGUAACUUUCCACAGCAGUUGGAGUCAGAAGACCAUGUUGAAAGCAUCAAAGACAAAAAUUACAUGCCAGUACUGCACCAGGCUGAGAGAACACUUGAUGGUGUCAAAACGCCCAAUAUAGAAGACUUAUCAGUUCCUGCGUUCUGUGUGAAUUCAAUAACUGGGGCCGUUCCUGGUUCACAGAAGAUCAUCUUGAAGGUAGAAAGUGAUGCAGACCAACUUGAAGUCCCUGAAUUUGAUGGUCACAACAACACACAAAAUAGUGAAAUCUCCUGUCUUCAAACAAAAUCUGCAUGCUCUCCCUGCAAAGAUUUAACACCUGCAGCCACAGUGGAUUGGAACACUAACUCACCUAUACAAGAACAAAUUACAUCCCAUGUAAGAUUAGGCGUUAAUUCCCAGAUGCAGUUAAAAAGAAAGCUUUCUCAUGAGGAGCAUGACGACAGUGGUAACAGAAGCAGCAUUUCCCCUCUAUCCAAAAUGUGUCCCCCUGUCGUUGCAAUUUCUUCAGAGUCUGCUGAUGAGGAACCAGCACCAAAUCAAAAGGAAAUUGGUACUCCUGAUGCUUCAGGAUCAUGCAGCACUUCUCAGACCAGCCUUACUGAACCUGUUACCCUGACGCCAUCCAAGUCUGAAGCCAAGCACACUCUAUCACUGAAGAAGCUGAAAAAUUCAUAUGCAUCCAUCCCUCCUCCUGCAGUCAAAGUGAGCAGUGCUUCUCAGAAGGCUGUAGAUAGUAAUGUAAGGAGAUACCUUCAGAGCUCUUAUUUCAACAGUCAGUUGGAACUCUCUUCCUUUAAGCUUCCUCCUCCUGAGGCAAGUGAUUCUGCUGAGGUGAUUAAUAGCCGCCAUGAAAGAACUGCCAAAGAGGAGGACUUUGCUGAAGAUAACCAGCAUGGAGACCAGCAAAACCAGAAAGGACAAACUAACCUAUAUGAUUACAUGGAUGGAAGAGUUGCUUCGGAGCCUUGUAUUGCAGUGGGAUCGAAAGGCCCCAGUGACUUACAGGCUACUAAUGAUUUUAGUAGUAUGAGCAGUGUGCCAAAACUAGAGGCUAUGGAUUUGUCUAGGUCAACAUUGAACAGUUUAGCUUGUGAACCUGCUGUCUUUCCUGCUUUCAAAGAAGAAAAUCUGCAGUGUUCUCUGCAAGUACAAACACUUUCUGACACUUCUGGUCAUUGCAGCCUGGACUUCAAGGAGUAUCCUACAACUCUUGUUCCAGUAAUCUCAACUUUGCACAAAUGUGGUGCCUCAGAGACUUCUGUAAGCUCUCUGCCAGACCAUUCGUUUCAACCAAUGUCUAUAGCAAAUCUUCAGAUUCAAGACACGGUCCUCUCUCCAUGUAAGUUUAGCCAACUAGCUUCGGAACGUGUUUGCUCUUCAGAUGAAGAAGCUUCCCGUCGUUCCGAGGAUUUAGGUGAAGAUAUGGAAGAAUUCCCAUCCAUGUCUACAGAGAGUUCAAGUGCUUUUGGCCUCUUGUCUGAAACCAAACAUUUGGGCAAUCUCUCUGAUGCUGAAAAUUCUGCUCCCAAAGCAAGUUCCAGUAAUACAAACCUAAUGGAGAGUGAACUUCAGAAAGCCUGGGCUUUAUCAGAGGGAGACAUUGAGUUUCAGUUGAGUCAGUGUCAAACUGUGCUUGAUGAAAUUUCCCAGACUCUGUGUGCUGUGGAGGGCAUUGAUGUACUGCACAUGAAGGAAUGGAGAGAACAGAUUGAAAACUUGCAGAAAGAUACAAAAAUGCCAAAGACCUACAUUGCAGUGGUGGGGAACACCGGGGCAGGGAAAAGCAGCUUGUUAAAUGCCUUGCUGGAUGAGGAAGCGGUGCUCCCUACAUCUGCCAUGAGAGCCUGCACUGCUGUGGUGGUGGAGAUAUCCAAGACUGGUGGGAAGAGUCUAUAUGAAGCAGAUGUGGAGUUUCUUUCUAAAGAAGAGUGGGAUCAUGAGCUGAAAGCUCUCCUAGAAGAUAUGAAAGACAAAUCUGGUAACUUAAAGAAACGAUGCCCAGAUCGCAAGACUGAAGCUGGCGCUGCCUAUAGCCGUGUGAAAGCUGUAUAUGGGACGAUAGCAGAACUUCCAAAGCUGAUGGAGAUGAAGGAGGUGACUCAGCAUCUUGGGACAGUAAAGCACAUCUCUGCAGAGAAGGCAGCAGAUUUCCGCACCAAAAUAGAGAAAUUCAUUGACUCUCGGACUGAUAACUUACGCGACAUGAAAGGUGGAGAAUUUUGGCCCGUUGUUAAAUGUGUCAAAAUCCGUGUUCCCGGUGCUGAUGUCUUGAAGACUGGGGCAGUGCUGGUGGAUUUGCCUGGAAUACGAGAUUCCAAUGCUGCCAGGGAUAAUGCUGCCAAAGAGUAUUUAAAGAACUGCAAUGCCGUAUGGGUAGUAGCCAACAUCACCAGAGCAGUGGAUGACAAGACUGCCAAAGAGAUGCUGAGUGCAAACCUGCGGAGGCAGCUGCUCAUGGAUGGCCAAUAUGGGAGUUUAGCAUUUGUUUGUACUAAGACUGACAGCUUCAAUGUUACAGAAAUAAUGAGUGACCUGGAUUUAAGAGAUGAAAUCCAGCCCAUAGAAAAAUCACUGGAAGAGCUGGAAAAUCAGCGGGUGCAAAUGGAGAUGGAGAAGGACACGCUUUAUGCUCAACUCCAACAAGAGCAGCAACGGCAAGGACCUGGUGCAGAAAAUCCAGCCUCAUUCCAGAAAGAAAAUGACCUUAGGAAGAAAAUCCUAGAGAAGGAAUUCAGAAUGAGUAAUUUGCAAAGAGAGAAAGAUAUGAAGCUUCGUGACAUUAGUCUGAUAUGCGUUCAGUCCCGAAAUAGGUUUUCCAAACAGCGGAUUUGGGUGGAUUUCAACAACGGCCUUCAGGAAAUGAGAAGGAAAGCAGCAUUUGCUGAAGAUGAGGAAGAAGAGGAGACUGAGGAUGAAGAGUUAACUACUUCAUACACAAGUGACCCUGGUGAAGUUGAAUCCCAGCAUGGGAAACUUCAGGUUUUCACAGUCAGCUCUACAGAAUAUCUAAAAUUGCAUGGAAAACUGCUCCGAGAUGGUCAGCCGCAAGUCUUCCACAAUGAGGAGGAUACAGAAAUACCAGCUCUGAAGAAGUUUGCCAUUCACACUGCCUUGCAGCAUAGCAUGGUGGCAACAGAGAAGGUGAUCAGAAAUGUGGCUCGUGUCAUAAGUCAAGUGGUCAAUUAUCUGACCAAUCAGAGAGCAGAGGACAAUUCUCACCGGGCCCAGGUCCAAGAAAUCGUGCAGGAGUGCCUGUCGAGACUACCCAUGCUCCUUCAGGAGGCAGUGGAAGACAGCCUCCAUGACAUCCAGUACUAUUUUUCUGUCCUCAUUCUCGCCAAUCUAAAGAAAGGAGCCAGAAGGGCAGAGGAGCUGUGCGAAGACAAAGUCCGAAGUUGGGGUUUACCUGUUAUUGGAUACCCCUAUGCUACGUACCGAGCUCUGUGUGCUCGUCAAGGUGUCUACAGCUCUGUAGCAUGUGGGUUUGUUGAUUUCAAUGAGCAACUCACAGAGCCAAUAUCCAGUGCAAUCUCCGUGACCUGGAAUGACGUCUUCAGUUGUAAAUUGGGGGAGUCCAUCAAACAGUUCAGCAAAGCCAUCUUAGAUAAAUUGAAGUACUUCUUCAAAGAUCUCAAGAACAAGCUCCAGGAAAAAGGCAGAAACGCAGAGCCAGUAAACGUCAUUCAGAGGCAUCAAAUGGAAGCUGUCCAGGCUUUGUUGUGUAACUUUCUCCUGGAUCAGACCGAGUACAUCAAUAAAAGGCAGCGUGGUAUAUCCCGUGUCCUGACACCAGAAAUACAGGCUAGCAUGAAACCAAUAUAUGCAGUUUGUAGCCAACUGAAUGGUCCUGGCUGUUUCCAGAGAAUGAAAGAUCUUAUGCAGAGGCACGUCCACAAUCAGAAAGAGACCAUGUUUAACCGUGUCACUGAUAAGUUACGGCACCAACUUGACCUGCUCCAGAUAUACAUCGGUGGUAGUUUUGAGUGCUUGGUUCAGGAGCUGACUAAAUCCUUGACUCUGCAGUUUGAACCAAUGCUGAAGCCUGUCCAGAAAAAUGAUGGAAUUAUUCCAGAUUUAGUGAACAUCUGUGCCAAAGUCAGCAAGAUUUGUAAAGUAUCUCGUGUAGACUAUGUUCUUCCCAACCUCAGCCAGACAGAAAGCUGUUCUGUACCUGCUUCUCCUGGGAAAGAGCUGCCAUUAAAGAGGGAGCUGCAGGAAGGCUUGGAUCCCCCAAACUUCUUGGGAAAGUGCAAUAUCAUCCGCAUUGGGACCAUGUCACUUUCUCACAUUAAUCCCAUUCAGAUAUCUGUGCAAGAAGUCACCAUCACUAUGACAGAUAAUACCACCAUGACUCUUCCGUUCAGCAGCGUGUAUCUUUGUGAAUGUUGCUUCCACCUAUAUUAUUUGAUCCUUCAUCUCUCUCCUGAGUUUGCCAAGAACAUUUACUCCAGAUUGGGAGCCCAGGCAUCCAACCCAAGUAACCAGGAGGCUCUCAUUAUCCUGGACAAGCUCCAGGACCCAUCAUCUUUCCAUAGCUUGAUAGAAUUCAUUUCGGCAAGACAUGGGGGCAUACCUUGGUUCCGGGAACUAAAUCUGCAGCAGGGAAGAGAGAAACUGGAAUCGCUGGGGGUGUAUUACACUGUCAAAGUGAGCCAUCAUGAGUUCUGCAGUCUAGAGGACUUAAAAUAUGAUGACGAAGAAAAGACUCUUGAGGUCCCACCUUCCAGUUUGCCAUCAGAUCAACCAACCAUCUUCACCAUUGCACAGCAGCCCCUGCUCCCUGGUGUGAAGUUGUAUCCAUAUGGCAGAAAGAGAGGAGGAGGAGAGAUCCAGUCACAGUUGGAGAAGAAGCACAAAGGCAAAACCAUAGAACAAAGCCCAGAAGUGGAACCUGCGGGGUUCCAUCUACUGAGCCAACACGUUCCUGGCAGACUGGUGGUCUCAGCCAGAAAGUCCAUGGCAAGUCACCCACAGAACGCAAGCAGAGAGUGUGCACCUGCGUUUUACGACCGGAAUACAACCUCCGUUCCAGGAACAUCCGUGUCUGAGGCACCACCCAGCUCUCAUGUAACUGUGAAGGAUGAAAGAGAACUGUUUACCAUUCCAAGUGCAGCAGGUAUCCUUCAUGUCCGAGCCAAAGAAGGUGUUUGGGGAAAGUGGCAAAAUCCAAGUGCUCAGGAAGACAAUCGUUCUGAUGGGGAUAAAAUGGAGACAGAUGGAAACACGCACACUGCAAAAGAUUCAUGGAGCCCACACUAGUUUGUUAUAAUACAAAGCCUGUUACCUGACUCUUAUACACACAAUAUAUGAACAUAUAUCAUCAGUACCAAAAGGCUGUAGAAAUAGACUCCUUCUCGUUGAAAAAUUAUUCUGAAACUGAUUGUCAAAUAAUCUUACACUGAUAAUUUAAUACGAUUUACUGAGUGAAUUCUGGGCACUGUCUCUGAAGUAGCCUGCUGCAUCAGUGCCUCUUUUCAGAAUGGAAGAGUUUGCAUACAACAGCAAAGCUGAAAUAUCCAUUUGGACAAUAGUUGACUGUUUCUUGAAAGAGAAAUUAAGUGAGUUAGCAGCAUGCAGAGAUGAUAUACAUGGGACUCCCCCUUUGCUAAGACACUUGACUCUAGAGUGUAGCCAACAACUCUUUGCCAGUGAAAGCCAUGUUGGUAAAGAAAAACUUAGAGUAACAGUAACUCAUCCAAAAUGCAUAGAGUCAAAUGCUAAGACACUGUAGCCUACAUAUUAAUCCAAAGCAAUAGAUCGUCGACCCACUGAUUUUUGGAGAGGAAAACAGAUUGUGAUUUGAUCAACAGAAAACUUCUGCAAUAAUAAAGAACAACUUCUUGUUGUUCUGUGUAAAUUGAGGGAAUGGAUGAUGUCCCAGGAUGGUGCUGGAGCAUCAGCUUAUCCUGCCUGUGGUGGGGAUUUUCAAAUACAGACAGGUUGUGCUUGAAGUUCAGCAGAAGUGGAAAGGACGUAGGAAAGUUCUAACCUGAAAAGAUAUGUUUAGCGUAACCCCCUAAGUAAACAAAUCUACAUUAAAACCUCUCCCUGGCCUUCUGGUGAGGUGUAAUCCAAACUUCCAUCUGGUGAGAGUGAGUUCUUGGGGUUACACUGUGUGUCAAGUGUGAGAAAUUGCUGAGUUUUGUGUCCCAUAAGGACAUGGUUUCUGAGAGUGCUUGGAGUCGGAUUAUACUUUUCUGUAUCAUAAAGCCUUGCAGUGUUAGAGUGGCAGUGGAUGCAAGUGGGGCUUGAUCCAAAGCCCACUGAAAUCAUGUAGAGACUCGCACUGACUUCGGUGGUCUUUGGAGCAGGUCCUAAAUGAAGAUGAGAAUCCUUGGUGAAGAGGAAUCUGUGCAGUACAGUUAAAUCUUCAUGGAUUAACUGUUUAGUUUUGCUUUCUCUACAUAUUCUCAGUUCUGAUUAGUUUCAUAAUGGAGUCUUUGCUGAACAGAACUGUGGAGCACAAUGAUCUGUUUAAUAGCAUUGCCCCCACCCUUCACUGUCUUGUUUCUCCUUUUUAAUGUGUUUCCAUCCUUUCCCUGCGAUGCUGCCUGCUGCUAAAUUUGCAAGUGCUGUAAGAAUUUUUAUGCUGUUGAGCAGGGUUGUUUUUUUGUUUUGUUUUAACUGAAUGCAGGACUCUUUGAGCUAAAGCAGAUAAACUGCUGGGACGUUAGGGACCCAGCCUGACUGAAAGUGUCUCUUGGUGCAUCACUUCAGCUGUCAAACUCUUUUUGCCUUAUACCAAUAUGGUGUUUUCUAGCAUUGCUUGAAUCAUGCAUUGUAUUUGUGCCUUUUUGUGUUUAUAAAAUAAAAAUA